AUGAACAUUUUUUUAUUAAAAACUCAACCAUUAUCUAAAGAAAUUAAAGUGUUAUCAUCAGCUAUUUAUUAUCUCUGUUCCUUGAAGUUGAAUUUUAUAUCUACCAAUCGUGGUGAAAUAGAUGAUAAAAAUGAUGAAAAUCUUAUUUCGCGUGAUCCACCAGAUAACAAAAAAUUCACUGAUGAUGAAUCACGUUAUUUAACAACUCAAGGACCUUUUCAGCCGAAAAUGUCGGUUUAUCCACAAAAUUUGGAAUUGAAAAAUAAAAAACAUCAAUGUUCAUUUGCUGCAGGAUGGUACGGCCAAUAUAACUAUUUGAAAUAUAGUAAGAUAAAAGAUGCAGCAUUUUGUUUUUGCUGCCGCCUGUUUGGCCAAGAUCCCGGAGAUGCGAGAGAGGAAGAAACAUGGACAACAAAGGGGAUCGGUUCUUGGUCUAAGAUGAAAGAUGCAGAUCAAAAACGUGAACAAUUAUUGAAAAUAAAUGAAAAAAUUAUAAUAUCAUUAUUGGAUGUAGCCAGAUUUCUGGGAAGACAGUCGUUAGCUUUUCAAGGACAGGAACAUGACGAAGGUAAUUUUGUAGAAGCAGUAAGUUUGUUGCGUCGUCGCGAUCCCGUGAUGAAUAAAUGGUUUAAUGAUUCUAGUUUAAGACCUUAUCACCACAGCGCUUGGGGGUGCGGACGAACAUAUAUCUGGAAAUUGCAAACGACAGAGGGAGCAAUCAUGGUUCUCUUAUCAGCAAUCGCCUUAUUUCCGUUUCUUAUUGGCCUGGUUUUAGCUGCUGUAUCAGCUCUGAUCACUUUAGUACUAUUCAUAUUAUUAUUAGUUUUAUUUCUAAUUUUAUUACUAUUAAAAUUUAUUGGUAUCAUUGUUUUACUUUUCUUAUCACUCAUAAUUGGUGUACUACUCGGUCUAAUUGGCCUACUUAUUCUUUUACUCAUACCAUUAUGUCUGUUAACAUGGCCGUUGAUUUUAGUCUUAGUUGGAAUUAGUUUUAUAUUGGGUACAGUUUUAGUAACAAUUAUUGGUUUUAUAGUAAUUGUAACAGUUUUCUUUUUUAUUGUACUAACAUUUAGUGGAAUAACAGUGGCAGCUAUUGGCGGAAUAGUAGUACUGUUAGUCACGUUGUUAAGUAUUGUGCUUGUUUCACUACUAUUUGGAAUACUUGUUUAG